CCCAAACGCGUGUGGCGCUAGAGGUUCUCAUGUCACAGGAAAUUCUGAGGCUGCUGUGCUGGGAGCCAAAACCAAAGAAUCAAACAGCAUGAAAAUAGCUGCUUUAAAUGUUCAUUUUUUUAAUAUCCUCUAUACAGACUACUGGCCUCGUAGGAUUAGCUGUAGCUGAAAACCCUCACGAGCGCCUGCGAAUAUUGUACACAAAAAUUCUCGCUGUCCUGCAAAACAUUCCCAAAGAUGCAGCAUAUAGGAAAUACACUGAGCAGAUUGUAAAUCAACGGAUUAAUUUGGUGCAAACCGAAACUGACGUGGAAAAACUACAAGACAAACUGAAUAGUGGUCACAUAGAAGAAGUCAUUGUACAGGCUGAAAACGAGCUUUCCCUGGCAAGAAAAAUGACACAGUGGAAACCAUGGGAGCCUCUAGUUGAUGAACCUCCUUCUGACCAGUGGAGAUGGCCAAUAUAACGCUCAAAAUGGUGAAAUUAAAAAAAAAAAAAAAGUUAAAUAUUGACCUAAUGUUGCUGACAAAUGUCUUUAAAUUAAAGAAAAUAACUUAAAAACAUGCUUUGUCUUAAUAUCCACUUAUAUUUAGCAAUCUCAAGACUACUUGCGGUGUCUUGCAAAAAUGGUUUAAGAAUAUUCUUUUCAGCUGUUCUACAGCCUUUGAUUUGUUUCCUUUUGUCACUUCAUGAUUAACAGGGUAUUUGUGCCUAAUGCUGACCUGCACAGCUUUUCUUGUCUCUUAACAUAAUGGUUUUGCAAGCCAUUUUUAAUGUUUCAGAAUCACUGUACAGUGUCAGUUAUCAUAUAACUAAACUAUAGUUUCAUUGAGCAUUUUAAGAGAGAGAAAGCGUUGCAACUGACAGUUAUUCUUUUAAUCUGUAUUUGUGCGUUAACAAAUACAGUUGUGAUAGGCCAUUAGAAAUCAGAAUCAAAGUUGUAAAAAGAUGUGAUCUUGCCCCUUUCUCACACCUUUUCUUGUAUAUUUUUUCAGCUUUAUAGAGGCAGUUCAGUGUCUCUGUGAGCACGCAUCCACCAGGAUCAGAGUUCUGAUGUGAACCUUACCAAAAAGGACAACAUUUUUUAAUUUUCACUGGAUCACUUUCUUGAUCUGGCUGACUUCACUGGCCAUAUAAACACUAAUUCUGGCAGAGGGGAAGCAGCAAGAAGACCCAAGAUGACAGAGGGAGGGACUACCCCUUUAGGUGACAGCAGGGACAGAUUUCUUUAUCAGCGAGUAGGUUACUGCAUUUAGUGUAAUCACAUGGCACAAGUCUAAGUGUUGCUCUCCUUUUAUAUGCAUAGAAUUUGGUUUUAUAAAGAAUUUGUAUAUAAGCAUAUAUCUUUCUAAAUUUAUUUGUGUGUAAUGUAUCUUGAAUUAGAAUAUUGCCUCCUAAUAAGGAGGAGGCAAAAAAAAUCUUAUUUGAAACAUCUAGCUAGGUUCUUGUUUCAUACAUUCAAAUGAAAAUAGUAUAUGCCCCUUCCUCUGAAAAAUUUUCUUCACUAAUUUAAAUUUAUGGGCACCAAUUAAAAAUAUUCAAAGCAGAGCUAAGAAUACUAUGCAGUUUGCCUUUGCUCAUAUUUUUCAGUGCCAUCAAAAAAGUUGUUACUGCAAGUUUAAAGAUGAUAAAAAUGUAACUGUGUGAGGAAAAACCUAUAUAGAGUGCAUUAAAGGUUAGGAACGUGUCACUGCACUCAACUACAUAACAUAUCUUGUAAUAACUAUUUUUUUCAUAGAAGUUGUUGCAGGUUAGGACUUAAUAUAGACCAAAUGAAAAUUAGAGUUUCCGUUUGCAGAAGCCAUGAAACUACAAAGCUGAAUAUGUGGCUUUGGACAGAUUACUCCGAGUUUUUACUGCUGUUUAACCAGGAAAGCUUUGUGCUUUUUUUAUUAUUGUUCAAAGUCAAUCUGCAGGCUUUCGAAAAGUGGAUUCUGUAUGAAGGGAAUUAACUUGAAGGUGUAUGUGGGUACCAACUGAAGUUUCUUUAAAAACAGAAUGAGCUUUUUUAAACAAAGAUACUACAGAGGAGAAGACUCUAAAAUAUGCUUUGGCUUUAAUGAGUACAAAGGAUACCUGGUCUAAUAAGAAGACUGAUGCUGGCAGUUAAAUGUGUUACAAGAAAAUAAGUUUUUAUUCAUGCAGGUUAGGAUUAUGGUAAAACUCAGCCUUUGUAGUGAAUACAACUUUUAAGACUUCAUUUGCUAAAUUGUCUUGUUUAAAAUGAAGAGUUUAUCAUUAAUGCUAUGCUUAAUGGAGAACUAAGGCCAAAGGGAGGGAGUUCCUGUUAAAAUUAUUGUGCUACUAGUAGUUUGGUCCUUUUUGUGCAUCUAAUAAACAAUUAGAGAAGUGAAACAGUUACAGUGGGUAAAAGGCUUUUUCCUAGUUUCAACAUAAUUGCUUAUAGAUAGAUAUUAAUACAGUAGUUCUGAGGACUUGAUGAUCCUCCUUGUACGUACAAAACUCAUGACAUGUUACUGGAGUUACCUUUUGUGUUCCUGUUACAUUAGAAACCUGAUAUCUGGCAUUUGUCAUGGCACAUCAAAUUUCAUCAUUUGAAGUCAUUGUUUAUUUUUAUCUCAUUUCAACUGUUCAGAUACAAAUAGUGUGAAAGUGUAAGAGCAUACAAGCAUUUCCUAUUAUUAGGACCUAAAUUCCCAGUGCGAGGAGUCUUCCUUAUUUGAAUUAUGGCCCUGGGAUAUUGCUGGAAUGUAGUUGUUACUGCCUUUGAUUUAUAUGGUAGGUUGACAAAAGAACAAACUAUUACCUACUAGCUCUAAAGCUAUUUUGUCUUGGUUCUUGUAAGAUGAUCAUUUUUAUUAAUUCUCUCCAGUAGCAUAUUAAGUACUUGCUGAUUUGUUCUUAUUAAAGCAAAAGCCAGGAGCUGUUCAGAGGCUUCUUUUGGUUAGGAGUUUUAAUUUGUAUUUGGUAGGCAUCUAAGAUUGUGCAUCUUGCAACAUUGAAGAAGGCAGGGUGAAAUAGGGCUGUAUGUAGAAGAGCAGUGAAGUUUGUAUAGGAACAGUGAAGAUUGGCUGUUCCUAAUUCAUAGGAUUGCUCACACAGAUUCAAAAACAUAGAGAUAAAUCUCCUGUAUUGAAAGGUUUUACCUUUUCUGUGAAGAAUUCCAUUUUGCCAGGAAAAAUUACUGUCAACUUGUCGUAUUUUAAGACAUUCAUGGUAAUGAAAUACUCAAGGCAGUGUUCCCUUCCUAGGGCAGCCAUAGCUAUACACACAGUGCAGGUGUAUCAUAAUGAUAUUUUCAGGUACAGAUAGCUAACUGUG